AUGCGACAACGACCGCUGUGUGCCUCGGCAUCGCGCAUCGCGGCCUCGUUCCUGCUUUCGUUCCUCGCCGCAUGCAUCAGUAGCGCCGCUGAGGUACCCAUCCUGCCGCCGUCGCCUAUCCCUUCCAGUACCCACAGCGGUGACAAGGAGUUCUCGCUGCGGCAUGUUUUCCACCGUGGCACAUACAAGUAUCCAGACCUGCACAGGCGGCUCGAUGUUCCUGAGCAGGCGGCAGUAUGGAUGGCCGCCGAUGCGCAUUCGACCGACCGCGAGCCAGUGCCACGGCUGCGCAUCAAGUCCGAGGCCAUGACGAUACAGAGAUUAGCAGACAGGAGCAAAGAGACGAUUGAUGGUAUCCUUGAAUGGGGCAGAAAGACUGGAAGAGCUGUGCAGCUUGCAGAGGAAGACUGGACCAUGGACGAGAUUGCGGGUCCGAAUGUAACGGAUAGAGAGACGGUCCUCAGCUUCGCGCGCAUGGCCUCCAACGCCUACAUACUCGAGCCCAACACCGGGGAAUGGGAAGACGUUGGCGGGGGGUUCAACUACACAGAAGACUUUGGGUGGGAGUCGGAUGGCCUGCGAGGUCACAUCUUCGCCGACACGGAGAACUCGACUGUGGUCAUUGGCCUCAAAGGCACCUCGCCCGCCAUGUUUGACGGUUCUGAGACGACGACCAACGACAAGAUCAACGAUAAUUUGUUCUUUAGCUGCUGCUGCGGCCAAGGCGGGCAGUACCUGUGGCGCCAAGUGUGCGACUGCCAAACAUCUGCGUAUACGUGCAACUCGACAUGCCUUGUCAGUGCCCUGCGGGAGAAGAACCGCUACUACUAUGCGGCGCAGGACUUGUACCACAAUGUUACGGCACUGUAUCCCCAUGCGGAGAUCUGGAUGGCGGGCCAUUCUCUGGGCGGUGCCGUGGCUUCGUUCCUGUCUCUGACGUUCGGGCAUCCAGCCGUGACGUUUGAGGCGGUGCCAGAGGCCAUGCCAGCCUCGCGCCUGGGCCUGCCAGUACCACCGGGCCAUCAAAUUGGGUCGCUGCAGCAGCGGAAGUACACGGGAGGGUUUCACUUUGGACACACGGCAGACCCGAUAUACAUGGGCACGUGCAACUCGGCCACGAGUGCGUGCACAAUCGGUGGAUAUGCCCUGCAGAGCGUGUGCCAUACCGGACACAAGUGCGUGUACGACACGGUCAGAGACUUUGGUUGGCGCGUAGGCAUUGGCACACACAAGAUUGUCGAGGUGAUUCGAGAUGUAAUUCUCAAAUAUGACACGCCGCCAAAGUGCGAGGCCUAUGUCGACUGCACCGAUUGCUUCAUGUGGGAGUACUUUGAGAGCAACGGCACCGAGACUACAACGACGAGCUCGAAGCCUACAGCAACAUCGACGUCAAGCCGAACCACACGGACAAGAACCGAGACGUGCAAAACGCCGGGGUGGUGGGGAUGCCUGGAUGAAUCCACGACAAAGCAGCCACAUAGCAAGACGACGGUUACCACAACAGUCACGACAACAACGUGCAAGACGCCAGGGUGGUUUGGAUGCAAGGAUGAGGUGACCAAGACAAAGACCAUGACGUACACGACGACGGCCGCGCCCGUACCCUCUGUGACUACGACUUCGUCUGCACCGACUUCAACCUCAUCGUGCAAGUAUCCAGGCUGGUUUGGCGAUUGCCUCGAUGGCGACGAUCCACCUACCAAGACGCACCACAAGCACAAGCUCAAGUCCAAGUUGAAGCCAACGCAGACGUCCACUUGGACGCCAACACCUACGGCGACCAGCACAUUGUGUACUUCCGAGGGCUUCUUUGGACUCAUUUGUUACGACAAGUCUACAAAGCACAGGACAAGCACCUCGACAGAAGCGACGAGCGAUAGAAUGGAGAUGUAG